AUGAUGAGGACAGGGGUGGGUGGGGGGGGGGGGCAGAGCAGAGCAGAGCAGUGCAGACCCCCACUGCCGUACAACCCGCCCCACCCCAGCGCCACAUCGCCAUGGAGACGCGCGCUAAACUUCCACAUGCAACAGGCUCAGCACCAGUUGUUGCAGCUGAUGAUGCGACGGAUCAACUCCGGAGCAAAGCCGCGGAAACGGAAAAAGCAGCUGGCGAAAUACGGGACAGCCUUGAGCCUUUCCCGCGAGCACCCCGAGGGGAAGCCGAGGAGGAGAGGAGGCGAAGAGGAGAGGAGGAGGAGGAGGCGACGUGGCACCAGCCUGGGAGUGAUGGAGCGGAGAGAGAGCGUCCAGAGGUAG